AGGGCCAAUGACACAUUUAGACGGAUCUUGCUAGAGUGGUUGAUAGAUAAGUGUUAUCAUGGUCUUAUCUGAUAGAGAUAAGGAGAGCCAGUUCUCCUCCCGACAUCGUUGGACUCAUACGAUCAUAAUGGCGCCGAUUAAAACGUAAAUAUGGACCUCCAGACCCAGCUCUACGUGACCGCGGGCGUGCUGUCCGGCGCGUGUCUGCUGCUCCUGGUGGCCGUGGCGGCGCUGGCCCUGCAGGUGAGCCGCCUGCGCCGCGGGCUGGCUGAGCUGCAGGGAACGAGGGUUCGGGUGCAGAGGCUAAAGCUAGCUGAAGACCAGAAGCACGCGUUCACCAACCCAACUCUCUCUCCUGAUGAAGAGUUGUCUCGCCGCGGCUACACGAUGUACCAGGCGAGCAGCGACGUGGAGAGCGGCAGAGACCGGCAGACGGGCGGGCAGUUCCUAGAGGAGCUGUCCAAGGAGAUCGACCUGCGCCAGCAUCGUGACUCCAGCGCGCCGCGGUUCCUGCUGCAGGCCAUCGAGGACAACAAGCGGAAGAGCCGAGAGGCCGCGACCAACGGCGGCGGCCAUUUUGGAAGAGCUAGCGAUACGAACCCUAACUUUAUUUAUUAGAGAAUUUUAUUUAUUUACUCAGGAGUCUAUUGGAGUAUGUUAGAGGACAUUCGUCAGUGGAUAUUUCCGCUGGGUAUUUGAAAUUGUGCCUAGAUUUUUGUCCUAAGAUCCCUUGCUAUGCUCGUCAAAAAAGUCAAAAUGGUUAGCAAAAGUGUAUAAUGAAGCGGCAUAAAAGAUAGGUGUCUUGAAAAAACAAAGUCGAAAGCAUAAAACAUAUUUAUAAAUGGAAAAUUGGCAUCUAAUUAAUAGCAUCGAGGACGCAAUAUGAUGCUAUUAUUUUUUCGCCAAUUUCAUUAACUAUGAGUGAAAAUGUAAAAUAAAAUUGUAAGCAAUAUUUUUACUAAUUUUCGAAUAGAAAAUUAAGUUAAAAUAUUAUGUUAUUGUAUUUUAUAAUAAACUGUAAGUUUGGUUAACUAUG